UAUAUUUGCGGUAUUAAUCGUUGUACCAAUUUUACUGAUUUUUUUUAAAAUGAAGGAUAAAAAUGAUCGUAUCAUGGCACAAUUAUUAUCCGAUAAUUUUUUGGACAUUUGGGGUAUAUUUUGUCAACAGGGACUGGCAGAUUUUCCUAAUAGAUCUUCAUUAAGAAUAACAUACUUCUCUAUAAUUUUAUUGGCGACCAUUUUGUCGGCAGCAUAUUCUGCGUCUUUCAUUAGCUUUUUGACGGCUGGUAUUCACAUCUUACCUUUUCACUCAUUAGAGGGCUUUGUCGAAGACGGUACUUAUAAACUUUCCGUUUAUCGCGGUACAGCUGAAUAUGAAAUGUUCGCAAAUUCGAAUGAUUCGCUUGAAAAGAAAAUGAUGAAGUUGAUGUUGGACGAGGAAGAAUUGUCAGCAAAUAUACUUGAAGGAUUUAUCAAGAUUUGCGAUGAUCCUAAACUUGCUUUAUACUCGUCCGACUUAUUAAGGGAUUCUGUAUUUCUCGAAAUACCAUGUAAAAUUGUUGGUGUUGGAACGGGACGUGUAGAUAGAACGGCUAUAAUUUUAUCUAAGAACAAUCCGUUCACCGGCGUAAUCAAUUUUUACUUAUCGAAAUUUGUCAACUGUGGUAUGAAUUAUCAAGUGAAAGACUUAUCAUCCGGAAAGAAAUUUUAUGAUAGGAUUCAACAUCAACCGAUUGGUAUUAACAGCGUAAUAUCCCUUAUUUUUUUCAUACUUAUUGAAAUGGAGAUGAAAACAACGAUGUUCAAACUAACGCGUGCACUUUCUCGAGAAGGUCUUUCAACAACGAGCUUUUAUUUUUCGGAAUUGCAUAAAUCAUCGUAUCACGCAAAUCGAAUUGUGCGACCUCAUUACAUCGCGAUUAUAUCUAAUGACAAUGAUAUUAAUGAGUUCUCCUUAGCAACCAGUACCUCAGAUAUGUCAUUUCCUAUGUGGCUAGUUUUAUUCGUUUACAACGGACAUGAUCCCGAUUAUUGUCACAAUCCACCAGGUAACAUAUUUCAUUUAAGAUUUAAUUCAGAAAUGUUGGUACGUUGCAAUACCGAAAAUAUUUUACGAGAAUGGUAUUCGAUCGAUAUCGAUUCGAAUCGAACCGAGAUCGAUGAUUUAGCAACCUGGAGUAUAGAAAAAGGAAUUAUUAAAAUUGCUCCAGAUUCUCUUUACGAGAGAAGAUAUAAUUUACAAGGUUUUACAAUGAGAGCCGUUUUAGUUAAGACUUCACCGACAAUAUACAUAAACGAAAUUGGUGAAUUAGACGGGUUAUUAGGUAGAAUGUUACGGGAACUUUGUGUUAAUUUGAAUUUUAGUUUUAAAGUUGUCUCGGAGGUAGAAACGUACGGAAGAUGGAAUCCGGAAGAAAACAUGUGGACCGGUGCAAUUGGUGAAUUGAAUUCUGGACGUGCCGAUAUUUGUUUUUCUGGUUUUUCCAUGACAAAUGCCAGAUUGAAUAUCGUUGAUUUCACGUUUCCUCUUGUCGAUUCAAGAAUCUUUUUUUACAUACGCGAACCAGAUUUAUUCGCGUUCAAUUGGUCAUCUUAUUUUUUAACUUUCUCACGAUCUAUUUGGAUCGCUAUAUUUGCGGUACUAAUCGUCGUACCAAUUUUAUUGAUUUUUUUUAAAAUACAGAAUAAAAACGAUCGUAGCAUGGGACUAUUAUUAUCCGAUAAUUUUUUGAACAUUUGGGGUAUAUUUUGUCAACAGGGUCUGGCAGAUUUUCCUAAUAGAUCUUCAUUAAGAAUAGCAUACUUCUCUAUAAUUUUAUUGGCGACCAUUUUGUCGGCAGCAUAUUCUGCGUCUUUCAUUAGCUUUUUGACGGCCGGUAUUCACAUUUUACCUUUUCACUCAUUAGAGAGUUUUGUUGAAGACGGUACUUAUAAACUUUCCGUUCUUCGCGAUGGGGCUGAUUAUGAUUUAUUCGCAAAUUCGAAUGAUCCCCUUGAAAAGGAAAUGAUGAAGUUGAUGCUGAAUCAUGAAGAAUUGUCAACAAAUAUACUUGACGGAUUCAUACAGGUACGAUCAAUUUAUUAG